UUUUUUGUAUCUUUCACUACUGUCAAAAAAAAAUCUUCAAAAAUUCAAGUACAAAUAAAAGCAUUUAUAAAGAAAUAUUUCUCAAAUUUAUUAAUAAUGGCAUCGUUAUCUUAUGCUCAACUUGGAGAAUGGCAAGAAUUAAUAAUUGCCCUCAAUAAGAAUAUAAUAUUUGUCAAUCCCAAUGACUUACAAAUCUACAAAGAAGUAAGCAUCCCGGAAGACCUAGCAAAAUGUGAUAUCAUCAGUAUUGACAGCCACGCGGACGACGAAUCCCAACAAAAUACAAAAUCAAAAACACCCAUCGAACCGCCUUCAAUUCAACAUGUUCAGCUUUCCUCUAAUGGUAUCCUACUCGCUGUGACCACUGCAGGACAAAAAGCCCUGCUCCUUUAUCAAUGUCGACCGGAACAUGCCAAAUUGGUGUCAGUUAGAAGUCUAGCAAGAGCCUCAAGUGCCAUAAGCUUUUCUGCGAAUGAUAAGCAACUUUUGGUUACUGAUAAAACUGGUGACUGUUAUCUGUUUGAUUGCGAAAACUAUCAACAACCUGGCAAAUUGAUUCUUGGCCAUUUGAGUGUUGUCUAUGAUGUUCUACUAACACCCGAUGAAAAGUUUGUCAUCACUUGUGAUCGUGAUGAUAAGAUAAGAGUAAGUAACUUCCCAAAUUGCUGUGAAAUCGAGGGCUACUGCCUCGGACAUAAGGAAUUUGUUUCAGCUAUUAAGCUUUUGCCAUUCGAUAAUCAAAUUCUGCUCUCAAUAUCUGGAGAUGAAUCUUUAAAACUCUGGAACUAUCGUGAAGGAAGAAAGCUCUGUGAUUUCAAAUUACCCGCUCCAGGUAUCAAAUGCACCAUAAAGCAAAUUAGCGAGAAUACUUGCAACUUGGCUGUGUUGCUCUAUCAACCAAAUGAAAGUGUUGUAGAGUACGAAAUCAACAAAGACUCGGAGGGAAUAUUUCACAUCAAAGAAUUGACAAGACAUUCCUUCGAUUCCAUCAUCGUAAGUGGAAUCUGUUAUGCCAAGGAAAAGUUAUAUAUCGCCGGUAUUAAAAACGAACGUUUUGUCAUUGAACUGGUUGCAAGUGGGGAAAAGAGUGAAAAUUCUUUAAAAGUUCUCACAAUGAUUUCAGAAUACUUUGAAAAUGAAAAUCCCAAACCCGAAGAUGUCUCGGGUUGGUUUAGAAAGAACUUUGACAAUGUGACGGAAUAUUAUGAGAGGAAAAAGCGACGCAUUGAAGAGAAGUCUUCAAAACAAGACGAUUAAACUGAUUGUUGUUUGUUUUUUUAGUUUUAGUAGAUAAAUGUAAUAUUUUUAUUGAAUUGAUUAAAAAAAAAUAAUAAUACGGAAAAUGCACGAAGAUUUUA